AUUCUGGGGAAUGUGGUUUGCUGUGGCUCGGAGACGCUUCGCUGGGUGGCGGAGCCAGUUCCGAGAAACCACGGUCUAGGAAGGAAGCGUCGGUUUAAUUCUCACCCCCACGGCCCAGGCUUGGGUCCUCAGCAGGUGCGCUCUGGAAGGGUCCAGCUGCUGGCAGGACUGCUUUUCCUGAACACGCUGCAAGCACGUGAAGGUAGUUGGGAGUCCCCUAGGCAUGGAUAAAUUCGUCAUUCGAACGCCUAGAAUCCAGAAUAGCCCUCAGAAGAAAGAUCCUGGUGCAAAGAUUUACAAGCAGGCCACGAUUGAAUCUCUUAAGAGAGUUGUGGUUAUAGAAGACAUAAAAAGGUGGAAAACUACGUUGGAGCUUCCUGGUCAGACCAGAGAGAAUCUAGUUGAAGCUUUACGAGAAUUAAAGAAGAAAAUACCCUCCAGGGAAGUGUUAAAAUCAACAAGGAUAGGUCACACUGUGAAUAAGAUGCGUCAGCACUCAGAUUCAGAAGUGGCUUGUCUUGCUGGAGAAGUUUACACUGAGUGGAGAACUUUCAUUGAAAAACAUUUAGAUAGACCUUCUAUUGAAGUGCGAAGUGACCCCAAAACUGAGACAUUCAGGAAAAAUGCCCAGAAGUUACUCUCAGAAGCCUUGGAAUUAGAGAUGGAUCACCUACUGGUUGAAAAUAUUGAGCGGGAAACGUUUCAUCUCUGCUCCCGCCUCAUUAAUGGGCCGUACCGGCGGACGGUGAGAGCCCUGGUCUUCACAUUAAAGCACCGAGCUGAAAUCCGGGCUCAGGUGAAGAACGGCUCGCUGCCAGUCGGCACGUUUGUACAGAACCACAAAAAAUGACCCGAGGAUGGUUCCAAAGCUGGGCUGGGCAGAAAGCAAAAUGGGCCUCUCUCUGCCAUUCAAAGACUCUUUUGAGUUUGGGUGAUGGCUGCUGCUGGUGGUGCUAAAUUUUCCCAUGGUGCCAUUCCUUCAGACAGAGGAUGCGGAGAGCCCCGGGAGCCAGGCCUGCGGGAGAUGCUUCAUUAGCUGUAUGCACUUGCGCUGCCUCACGGGACGUGCGCUGGCUGUCACUAGGAAGCGCGGUAUGGUUGCCAUCACCCAACCCAGUGAAAGGGUGACAGAUUUCACUGUGAGUGCGCCAAGGACACCUCUAAACUUCCCCCAUGUCAGGCAGAUGAAGUUACUACUUUAUUUCGCCACCCUGCAGGUAACUGAAACUCAAUUACUGUGGCUGCACACUCAGUUCCAUCCCCCUGAGUUUAGAUAGCUCUGGUGCCUCUCAGAACUCCCCUGUCUGUUCUCUUUGCUCUACCCCGGGGGUGAGCCUGCUGGAGCCAGCCAACUACCCCUUCUUUCCAGAACUCACUUAUCUGAACAUUUCAGCUCUCCCUGGAAGACCUUCUGCAUUGGUCUCCAGAGCCCCCAUGCUGAGGCUUCUAAUGAGGAACUGGCCUGAAGCGUCCCCCUACCUUGGGGUUUAUUUGAAUACGCUGGCUCUUGGUUUAGGGCUCCGUAGAAGAUACAUAAUGAAAUUUCUCUUGAAAUGAAUUACCACAGUAGAAAAAAACACAUCUAUAUUCUGAAAUGAAAUGCUUCUGUACAGGCCUGCUUGAACAAUUACAUAAAUGAGAUUUGCUCUUUUAAAGUCAUAAUAAACUGGGACUUUUUUUUUGCCUAAAACAAAAGGUAUGGCCUGUUCAUUGAAAAGUAUUUGGGGUUGAGAAAGGGGACAGUUGGUGAAAAUAAAGAAUGACUGGAUGAGAAUUUGAGGAAGAUAGCAAUACCCAAGGAAAGCUUUUUAGGUUAGGGCAGACGAGAGCAUGUUUAUAAUCUGAAGAGAAGGAGCCAAUAGAAAGGAAGAGAUUAAACUGUUUAAAAAGAGGGGCUAAAUUCAAAAGCAAGGAGAAAAGAGCAGGGCCUAAUGUCUACCUUCUAAGUGCUAGAGACCAUUCCUAAGCUAAUUUGUUAGCAUUUACAUUGAUGUUUAUGUGUAGGGUCUUAAAAAUCCUGUUUAACCUUCUCAUUGUUGCGUUAGUAAAUAUUGUUUCAGUUUUUUA